CGUGUUUGAUCUAUUAAACAGGGCCAAGUGUAUCGUGUGUGUAAAUUCUUGUGCCUCAUGAUUGCACUCAAAUGGUGUAACUGCACGUAAAUGCGUUAAACAUACCACACCUACGCGCUUUGUUAAAUGCAUAAUUUGGGUGUCAUGUGUUUAUAUAAAUUUAUGUUGACUUCAUUUGGAUGUCACCCCUAACAUUUCCAGACUGUAAUUCUCUUAGUCAGUAACCCACCAUCCCAAGAGUUACCUAACUUGUGAAAUGUGCUCCUCACGAUGACGAAAUCUGUACCCGCGUCCAUAGCCACUAUAUACAAUCCUUCACUAUCCAGUACUUUUGACCAGUAAUACAAGUAUCUAAUACAGUCUGGUACUAUUGAAUUUAGGUUAUACUUAUAGAAAUUCGGAGGAUAUAGUACACAGAUGAAGGUAGUGUGAGGGGAGUGCGGUUAGUGUGCGUGUGGCAGAAAGGUACAAGUGUUCACUAUCGUCCACCAUCUCCUUGGCGACGUCCCUGGAACAACACACUCCUCCCUCUUGCUCACAAGUACACUAUAGUUUAGUGUUCAGCUGACCUACAGAGGCAUCACUACAGAAUCGUCCCCACUAAAAAAUGUAUCUUGCAUAACGAGUGAUAAUCAUUCAUUCCAAAUUAUGAAAUCAAGACUUUAUGAAUGGUGUCUUUAAAGCCUGGCAGUUAAUGUUUUGAACACUAAAAAAGAAAAAGAAAAAGAAACUUGUUCAAAUAAUUUUAAAACACCGAGAAACAACCAAAUAACUUUAAAAAUGUGAUAUAUUAACUUAAAGUCCAAAACAAAUACAGAAACAACGAAACACCAACACAGUGCUCAAAUAUCAGUCAAACCUGAAACAAACCACAAAAAUGUGCGAAUAACCCUGACAUCUGAAGUAGCCACAAAAACACAAGACCAAGUGAACUUUCGAGUUUACUAGAUAAAAAUAAAAUAGCAUUCCUGGUUCAGAAAUAAUGACACUUAACGUGAUACAAUUUAUAUGUUCCUUUUUACGUGAUUACUUCUGGUACAAAAGACACAUGAAAAUGGAGUCGUAAAAGAUAAUCUCUCAUAAAAAAGGAUCGCGGCGUCAAUCCUGGUGAGGUUGGCAAAAGCAGCAGCGAGGUAGGAUAGCGCGGGUCACCUCGACAGCCUCACACCCGCGACCAUGACGCGUAACUACUACAAGGCAGGACGUCUACCCAGGCUGUCGACGCCCGUAGAUCAUGAUCGCUCGCCACAGGACCUCCGUGGAGCCAACUACUCCAAGCUACAGGACAAACACCGCCAAGCCCCCACUAAAGAGAAGGUGGUGUUUCUGCCCAUACUGGAGAACGGAGAGGGCCACCCGUUACCUUACUACUCCUCGGGGGACGUGUCUCUACCUGCUCUCGCUGAGGUUCCCUGGAAAGCCGACGAGAAGAGAAAACUCAAAGCCCAAGCCGAGACGUUCAACCGGGACAGGAGGCUACAGACUCUACUACUGGAUGACUUGGUGGGUGACGCCAUCCAGGAGGAGAUUGUUGCUACGGCCUCCAUCGUCCUUGAGGAGAGCAAGUACCAGGAGGAAACCGACAGGAACGCGGUGGGCUUGGUGGAGGAGGUGUUCCUGAUGCCGGAGGUGCAGUAUCAGGUGUACCUCAACGUGUGGUCGCUACUGUACGACAUCGGCCGUUCUCUCUCUCACGAGGAGUACCUCGAACUCAAGAAGAAGGAAGACGAGCUCAAUCUCGAUCCCAUGGCAAAGGACGCUCUUCUGGCCCACGUACUGGAGGGAGAGAACUGGGCUGACGACCUGAAGGAGGAGAAAAUUCUCUCAGGGAUCUCGUGGGAAAUAUUGGUGUUCCACUAUCACAGGAACCUCCAGGAGAACGGCCUCUCUAAGAACGUCGCCCUCAAGAUGCUCCAGGAGAGGCUAGUGGCACAAGCGGCGGGGGAGGAGGUGUUCAAGGACGGGGUGCUGGACACCCUCGAAGAAGACCUCACCCACAGGGACGAGAUUGAGAAACUCACCACACCACCACGUCAAGGGUAACGUCCUCCACCUGCCACAAAAGACACUUGCUUUGUAUCAUAGCUUCAUGAGCCAUUUGUUAUGGUUGUCCAGACACACCAAAUACAUUUUUUUUUUGUACGUUAUGUUACGAAAUAACUAUUUGAAGUUUUAAUAAAAUUUACGGGCAUCAACUAUAAUAACAGUAAAUUAAAACUGAUCAGAAGUUGACCUUUAAGAACCAUUAAGAAUACUCUUAAGAGUAAGUUCAAUAGUGUAACAUGACUUCGCAAUGCAUCUUUUGUUAAAAUGUAAACUACCAAUCGUCAUUUCGACCCAAGCUUAUAUAUAGCGCUGAGGUUAGUCAUAUAUUUUGGAUACCAAAUUAUGGCAUUUAUUUUACUUAAUUUCCCCGCUUGCUAGGGAUAUACGAGUUGACUUCUACUUUUCCAUAGUGUUUGUUUACGAGCAUUUGUUGACUAAGUAUGGUCGUGAGAGUAUCUGCCUGUAUACAAUAUGGGCAUGUUAUAUCCCCUUGAUGUGUGUACAUUUGCUUUGCAUAUUAUAAGUGCAUGUUCAUAUGUACUGUAUGUUUGUGCGUAUGUUCGUCAGUUUAUAUGUAUAUUCGUGUGUAUUUAUUUCUUCAUAUUUUAUUACGUGCGUUAGUUUGUACAUACGAGUGUGUGCUUGUUCACCUGGUUGCAAAUGUGCUGUACUUGUGUGAAGGUUUAAUGUGUGCUUGUGACUGUUCAUAUAUAUAGCUCGCGUGUGUGUGUGUAUACUUUAUUUAUUUCGCAUUCUCACUUUGUGUUUGUGGCUGUUUUUGUGCGAGUGUUGUGAGUCAACGUUCUUCAGAUAAACAUAAGGCAAAUCCUACUUCCUAUAUUACGGUUAUUUCUGAGUGUCUGUCUUCCUAGUAUUAACAUAUCUGUCUGUCAGUUUAUCUUUGGCAAAAUACACAUAUGAAACAUUGGGAUUUAAAAAAAAUUAAACACCUACACUAUAUAUAAUGUAAUGUAUAUUACAAAUGAUAUGGUUAGUCACAGUAAUGUACAUAUAACAGGGUGGUUUUGUGUUCUCACAUAUGUAAACAAAUGAUGACUUGUAAUGAAAUAUAGGUAUACAAAA